AUGGACGAGAAUUCGAAGAAGAGAAAGCAAGGGGGUGACCGCGGUUCUGGCUCCGGAGCAAAGAGAAGCAAAGGCGGCAGUGGAGGCAAGUGGAAGACUCCGCAUCAAAAGGACAAAAUGGCUAGCAAAACGGACAUGGGAAAGACGCUCACCGUCGGUGAUGAAGGCAUAUGGGUCACCUUUGCGAGGGGCAUGGGAACGAAGGCGGUGCGGGAAUUCAAAGCGCUCUGCGCCGAGUACGGAGAGCAGCUAUACGGCUUCGCCCAACCCCGCGUCGACAGCUCGGACGUCGAGGGCAGGGAAAGUGGUGAUAUUGAACAAGCCAUCCGGAAAGAGCUCAGCAUGAUCAAGGAGAAGGAGAAGCCGACAUCGAUGCAGCCCUUCACGCCCAUUUCGACCGCCGUCGAGUGCCUCUUCUUCAUGAAGACGACGAAGCCAGUGGACCCUGGCAGCUUCGCCCGCAAGAUCUGCGAAGAUGCCAGAGACUGUCCCAACCCGAUGCAGCGCAAGUGCAAGUACAUCAACAGGCUGACGCCAGUCUUCGACACGGACAAAGCGACGGAGAAGGGAAUCCUCCGAGUGGCACGAACGGUACUGUCGCCGUGGUUCACCCUGACGGAUGCUUCGAACGCGGAGCCGAGCGAGGCUGCCGAGUUGGUGACGGACGAGCCGGGUCCAGCUUAUACGUAUGCGAUUCGGCACCACGUUCGGAACCAUGCAGUCUUCAAGUCGGAGGAGAUCAUCAAAAUGGUUGCCGGCCUUGUCGAUCCAAGACAUAAAGUCAACCUAGGAAAGCCGGACAAGGUCAUUCUCGUCGAAGUAUUCCAGCUCUUCUGCGGCAUCUCCGUCGUCGACAGCGAGGAGUGGGAGGCUCUCAAGAGGUACAACGUAAAUGCGCUAUACACAAUGUCGCCAGAGGACAAGGUCGGCGCGUCCGAAGCACAAGCGACAGAGGGGACAAAAUCCGCCGAUGCCAACGAGGAAUAA